AUGUGGCCUUCUUACACACAAAGUUAUCUCAACAAAAUAGAUUAAAUUUUGAACAAUAAUCCUGAUCGGAAUUCAGAAUAGGUUCUAAAUGAGCUAUUAGUUAAUCAGGAAGAUCUUAUAAGUGAGUUUAAGCGCAGCAAUCCCAAGUUGUUGGAUUAUUUUAGAGACAAUUAAAAGUUAGUUCUCAAGCUAGUUGAAUACGUAUCUGUAGAAUCUAGCGAUAUUUCAGAUGUUGAUAGAUGUUUUAAGUAUCCUUUAGUUAGUUCCGAUAUUUUUGAUUGCACACCAGCUUGUAUAAUGACACAGUUCUUUGUUGAGUCAAAGGAUGAGACUUCUAAUCAAACCAGGACAAAAAAUAAAGCAAAUUGCCAAAGUGUAAAACCUAAUUCUGGCGAUUAGGAUGAUGAUUGUUGUGAUGGCGACACUUCACACAAUGAAAUAUCUGUAGCAGAUGCAUAGGAUAAAGAUAAGGAAAGCGAUUAGCAGCAGAAAGUAGCAUCAGCCACAUAAAUUGAAUUAGAAAAUUAAGAUGAAAAAGAAGAAUCAGUAAAGAAAUCUACCAAAAAAUAAAAGGUAUUUAGUUGGCCAGUUAUGAAUAAACUCUUUUAGUUUUUAGAGCCUCUCACAUGCAUUAAUGAAGUAUUAGCAGGUUACUGGUCAAAGGUAGUUUUGAGCUUGGUAUAAAUGAAGCCUUAGGAAAUGAUUGAAUACAUUUUAACAUCUCAAGGAGUUUUGGAUGGUCUGUUUAGGCAUAUAAAUAACUAAUCAAUAGCUUCAGUUGUUUAGACUUUGUUAAUACUAGAAAGCAAUAAAUUUAGUUCUCAAACUUAGGAAUUUUUAAAAGAUUUUACUGACAUUAAGGUAAAAGCAAUUGGUGAAUUCAUAGAUAAAUUCGGAGAGUAUUGUUCAGAAGAGAUUUAAAAUUUAGCAUUAAUAUUUACUGAAAUUAUUUCUAAGUAUUACUUGAUCCAAGAUGGUAAAGAAAUGCUUGAAUAUCUAUGCAGUGAAGAAUCUGUAGAGAAAAUAUUUAAAUUCAUGAUUCAUGGCAGCGAUGGAGCAAAAAACGGAGCUUGUCAAAUUAUUCAAGCACUUGCUUAAUAUUAUGCAUUCAAUGCAAAUUCAUUCAUUAGUGGCUACCCAGAAGGUUCCGAAUAUUACAUGAUUAUGUUACAAUAAUAUGAAAACAUGGCUUUCUUAAAGACAUUAAGCAGUAGCUUUGAUGCAUUAGCAGAUAUUCUAGCUGGUAAAGACAGCAAUGCAGCUGGUGGUAACUCCAGAGCAGUUUUGGGCAUCCAUAGAUUGAAAAUUAUAGAAAUUAUGAAUUAAGUUAUUAGAAUUCAAUUUCCAAGUGUUUAAGAAGGUCUUGUCAACUCUAAGAUUUUACAACACAUGCUGGAUUUAUUUUUUAAAUACGAGUGGCACAAUAUAUUGCAUUAAAUAGUUUUAAAUAUUUUAUUAUUUAUUAUCUAAAACUGUGACAAAAGCAAGAUAAGAGCUUACUUAAAACAUCUUUUAGUAGAUUAAAAUUUCACACAGUAAAUGAUAUCAUAUGUUGGAGAUACUCUUUAUUAUUUUGAUAAAGCUAAAUACCCAGAUCGUUGUACAACUAAAGGUAAUCUCGGCUACAUAAUUAAAAUUGCAGAUGAGAUAGAAAAGUUUUACUAAAAAUCGGUUUAAAACAGAUAAAAUAGUGAUAUGCUUGACUGGCAUAAUCAAGAAUGGAUUAAUUUUAUGGAAAUUACUCUUGAUAUCCAUAAAGAAAGAGGAUGCAAAGAUUUAGGUAAUUUCAACAAAUACAUCAAUGGUCAAGUCCCUGCUGAAACAGCUGGAGGAGAAGACGAUAUGGCUAUCUAUAGAGAAUAUGAGAGACAACAAGCUGCAGAUCGUAUGAAUCAACGUUAAAGUUAUUUAGAACAAGUUGAACUACAAAAGCAUUACGAGUUAAAGAAAAGCAAAUCUGAAGAAUCCUAAACUCCCAAAAAAGAAGAAAAUCAAACAGCUAAAGGAGACAAUGCACAACCAAGUUAAACAUUAGGAGUAAGCUCAAUCAGGUUUUAAGAUUCUUCAUAAAAAUAAAAUGUACUAUUUGUUCAGAUGAACAGCAAAAAAUUAGAUGAUGACAUUUAAAUGGAUGAAGAAGAGGAAGAUUCAAUUAAAAAAAAUAAACCUACUUCUGAAAAUACAGAAGAAAACUAAGCUAACUCUUAAAAUGUAAUUGAUCCAACAAAAUAAUCAUCUUAAUACAAUAACAAUUAUAUAAGCGAUAACCCGAUAAUUAGAGAAAUAAUGGAGAAAUACAGUCCUACAAAAGGAUUGAUUAUAACUCCUGAGGGUAGUAUCGUUUCUCCUUCAAAAAUAGAGGAAAAAGACCAUCUAAUACACUUAAAACCAAUAGGAACAGACCCUCAAAUUGAUGUUGUAAUUGAGAGAAAAGUUAUAGAGCCUUUAAUUGAAGAGAAACAUAUUUCAGAGAGUGAUCUUAAUACUCCUUAAAAAGAGAAAAUUGUAGAAGAGGCAUAAAAUAAUAAUAAUGAAGAGUAGUAGUAAGGUAUAGACUAAGAUUAAAGCAGUAAGUAAGCUGCUUCAAAUCUGGCAGAUGAUGGUGAUGAAAUAUAAGAACGUAAAUAAGAAAUAGAUUAAACAGAAUAAUAGGCCCAUAAAGUUAGUUCUGCCAAUAACUUAGACAGAUUUAAUGAAGAUGAGGAAAUAGAUUAAUCAAAAGUAAAAUCUUCUGUAGAGUUAGGCACAAAUGUUGAUUAGGCAAAUCCUCAAGAGAUUUAAAAUUAAGUUAAAUCAAACACUGAUGAAUAAAUUGAAAAAGAAGAUAAUGUAAAGCAACAAGAAGGAAUUGUGGAGAAUAAUCCUAUUUAAUCAUCACCAGAAAAGCCCAAUAAUAUAAUUGAACUUGAAAAUGCAGAGAUAAAAGAAAAUAAACAAGACAGUGAGAGUUAAAAUGUUGGGGUUGUUUCUGAGAGACUUAAUCAUUUUAUGAGCUCCAUAUCAAAUGCUUAGGUUGGAGAUAGAAACAAAUCAUCUGAGUCUAACUUAAAAAAGGGAUUUUAGAAAAAACCUAGCUCUUCCUAUUCUCCCUCUUCCCAUAAAAAAGAAAUCGAUUAAAAUUUAUUCUCACCAAAGAAAGCAAAUGUCAAUCAAUUCAUUCCUUCUGAACCUACGAAAUAGGAAAAUGAAGAGGUCAAGGAUUAAGAUUAGAUUGAAGAAAAAGCUGAAGUUAAAUAAGAAGUAAAAGUUGAGGAGCAACAAGUAGAUGAUGAGCAAGCUGAUAACAAAGUAGAAGUAAUUAAAAUAUAAGACGACCACGAUUCUAGUCAAGACGAAGUUUCUAGUGAUGUAAAAUAAAUUGAAGUCAAUCAUAAUGAAAUAGAAAUCAAGAAAGAAGAACAAAUUAUUCAAAGUGAAUAAACUGAAUUAAAACAGGAAGCUAACUAGUAAGAAUCUGAAUAAGAAUAGCACAUUGAAAUUAUAAAAGAUUAAGAGGAUGAUGAUGAAGAAGAAGAUAAUAAAGUUGAAUAAAAAACAGAAGAUAGUUCUAAUUUACAAAAACAAGAAGUAAAAUCAGAAUAAGGUCUUCAAGCUAUGUAAUAGGAAUAAAAGGAAGAAAUAAAAUUACAAUAAUAAAAUACUGAAACUGUGUAAGAUGAGAUAAAGAAUGAAGUUUUAGAAACUGAUAAAAAGAUAGAGACAGAAGAAAAGCAAUAAAUUAAGGAUAUCAAAAAGGAUACAGCUGAAUUUUUGAAAGAAUCAGGGGUUUAAGAAUACUAAUAUGUAUUAUUCAAUAAGCAAAAUCAAUAGUAAAUGAGUUCUCCUUUGAUUGAAUAAUUUGAGCAUAAUGUCCAAAAUAAAAAGAUUUCCCUUUUUACAUCUUAGGAAAUCCACAAAGAAACCUAAAAUGCAAGUGAAAAUUAAAUUAAAAAUUCAUAAGACAAAGAUGAUAAUAUUAUGAAUGAACACAUUAUUAAAGUUGAAAAGUCUGAGUUCAAAACUUUUGUAUUUUAAGAAGAAGAAUCAAGCAACGAGCCCAUAAACAUAGAGUUAGACAGAGAAUACGAUAAGGAGGAAGCUGAAUAAAUACUUAAAACAUCUCACAGUCCAAUAAAUUAAAUUUCAAAUAUCGAUUCUUUGAAUUCGUUGAAUAACUUCAAAUAUGAAAUGAAAUAUGUUUCUCCAGCCUCAGAUAACAACUUUGCAAAAUCAGGUGAAUUAAAGGUAAAUAAGGAAAAAGAAUAAUCUGAGUAGUAAUAACCUCAAAGCUUACCCAGCAGUCUUUAAAGCAGUCCUUAAGACUAAGAAGCACUAACUCAAAAAACUACAAUAAUCACAAAAAUUACUUAAGGAGGAGUUACAACUACUCAGACAACAACUUCUUAUAGCAAAGUUUAAGAUAAUUAAAAAGCCUCAUCGAAGCAAGGAUCUCCUUCAUAAAAUAUAAAUGCUUCUAAAGAUUCUCCUUCAAAUAAUCUAGAUAAACUUGUGGUAACUGAUGAAGGAUAAAUCCCAGCUUUAAUCUAUGAUGAAAACGAUCCUUCCAUUAAACAGUCAAAAAAGAAAUUCGGAUCAGAAUAGACAAUUGAUAGCUAAACUAAAUCAUUACCUUCUGAUGCUUUUAGAUUAAAAGAAGACAUGAGCUCUAGUGCUAAUCUAGGAAAUGCAGAUCCAUAAAGAGCAUUUGGAUCUUCUCCUAUGAAAUUUAAGCAGUAAUUUUAAGAAAAUUUAAGAACUAGCUUAGAUUCGUCUUCUAUUCAAAGAUUAAAUUAGCAAAAUUCACAAAGUGUCGAUGCAGCAUAAUCUAAUUUAGGAGAAAUAAGACUAACCACAACUUAGUCUGCUGAAUCAAAUGUUUCUCCUGUAACUUAAAAAUCUCAGUUUCUGCAACAAAGCCAGCAAGAGCGCCUAUUUAUUUAACAAAUGCUUCUUUAAAAGUAUGGAAAAAAUUCUACCAGCUAAUCAAACUCACCUUAAAAUAAUAGUAAUAGUCCAUAAGAAUUCAAACCAGCAGAUCCUUACUCUUCUACUGCUCCAGCUCACUAAUAAUAUAGCUUCAAGUUAUAAAAUCCUCACGAAACCUCAAUUAAUUAAGAAUAACAGGCUUAAUAAACAAUUAAUAUUGGUGGAAGUAAUUAUACUAUCAUUGGUAAAUCAGUUCACACAAAUACCAAUUCACAAUUUUAAUAACAGUAACAACAAUAAUAAUAAUAAACUUAAUUAAUUUCAAACAAUUAGCAACAAGAAAUUUAAGGUUAAUUGUAAUAAGGCCAAAUAAUAACACAAGCAGAGAAGAUAUCAUAUGUCGAAUAAGAAAGUUUUUUGCUUCAGUAAAAGCUCUCCUCAAGCAAAGAUUAUUAGCUUAUAUAAGCUUAAAUAAAAGAUAUGCAAAAUGUUUAUGAUAUCAUAAGUGAUGAUAAUACAUUACUUAUUGAAUAAAGAAUCAUUACCAGUUAAAAUAUAAGAGAGACAUUCUUAGAAGUAGCUGAAAGAUCUAGACUUUAGCUUGAAUCUACUAUUGAUGGCUUAGAAUAGGAUAAGCAGCGUCAAGAAAAGGAGUUGAAGUUACAAUAUUAAACAGAAUUCGAAAUGAUUGAGAGAUAAAUGAAACAGGAACUAGAUGAAUAGAAGGCUAGAAAGAAAAUUCAAGAUUUCCUUUAGAAACUUCUAGUCGACAGAGUGAACAAACUUUACGAAAUCCAUUUAAAGUACUCUCUUUAAUAAAAAAUAUCUUUAGAGAAGGCUAUUAUAGAAGCUAAAAAUUUGAACGAAAAGCUUCACAGCAUGAAUCUUUUGGUUGCACCUGCCAAAGAGCUCAGUCCAGAAAAGCAACAACAAAUUUUAAAUACUGAAAAGCCUAAUUUCAUAUAGAAAAUCUAACCUGUUAGUUAACAAGAGUAUAUUUAAUAGAAGCAAAUCAUCUAACCAUAGCAACUUACUCAGUCUUCUGUUUCUUAGACUUAAGAUGACAACGACUUAAAUAAAUAUCUGGUUUAGACCAUUCCUAGAUAGUACAAUUCUGUUCCAGCUAACAAUUCUGACAAUGCUAAAACUAAUUUGACUGUGAAUACUGGAGUUAAAAAGAAUAUAGAAAAUAAUUCAGAAUAAGGUGGAUCUAAUUCUCCAUGCUUUGGCAACAAAGAUUAGAUUAAAAUUCCUCUUCAUAAAUAAUCAGAAGAUUCUAACAGCUCAUCAGGAGCAGCUGAUAAUGAUUAACAAAAAAAUAUGUACAGUUCAUAGGGAGAGAGCACUUCUCCAUGUUUUGGAAAUAGAAAAUCCUCACCUUAAAGAAAGAGCUCAUUUUAGAGAUAUGGUGGUAGAAGACUUUCUGGAAAGGACAAUUAAUAAGAAGGAGAAUUUUUAGAAGAUCCUUAUGACUACAAAGCCAGCUCAUCAGCUAGAGAUAAAUCUCCUAUGCCAAGCUAGAUGUUCAUGCAAUCUUCAAUCAAUUCUAACACUCAAACUAGUGCUCCUAACUCUUCGAAUGAAUAUUUGAGAAGGUUAACACAACCAACAACAUUAACUAGUGUAACGAAUUAGUAGUAGCCUCCAUUUAGAAUCAGUGGUUCUUCUUAGAGUUAACCUACACAAAUACAACAGCAAUCAUAGUAUGCUCCUCAUAAUCAGUAACAUUAGCGUAUAUUUGAUAACUAUAUUUAACCAAACACUUACUAAGGAAGUGAAGACCAACAAUAAAACAACUCUCAAAUUCCUUCAAACAGAUAUUCAUAAAAUCCUCAAUUAGAAAGUAAUAAGAAUGCCUCAUCUAAAGGACCAGAAUAAUACAAUAUCUAAUAGCCUCGCACUUCACUGCAGCCAAGUUAAUUAUAGCAAUAAUAAUUAUAACCUAACAAUUAGCAAUAACCAUAUUAACAACCUCCACAAUAUCGUAAGAUCUUUGGUUAAACACCUUUACAAAGUAUUAACAAGCAACAGUAAUCAAACCAUACAACGAUAAAUCUUCAAAAUCCUUCUUCAUAAUAGCCCCAAUAAGUAUAAAUUUAACAAUUAUAGUAAUAGUAAUAAGUAAAAUAAUAGCAAUAAUAAUUUGCUUAGUAGCAACAACUUAAUCAAUAACCCAACCAAUAAUAAUAACUUAAUUAGUUGUAAUAACAGUAACAAUAAUAGCAACUUCCACAAUAAUAGUAAGGUCUACUCUAUUAUAACUACAGCCAACCUUAAUUAACACAAAAGUAAAAUAUAACUUAGCCUGAAGAUUAAUAUAAAAAGAUUAGUGAUAACUUAAAGCUUAGUGGAUAUUAUGGUUAAUAAUAAGUAAAGACAAUUCAAAUAGACUUAAGCAAUAACACAGAUGAGAGAAAAAUUUCUGAUUAUGUUUCUUCUUCAAGCAAAAGCAGUGAUUAAGUUUAAUAACCUCAAAGAGCUAACUAGUCUGCAAUUUACAUUAAUUAAAAAUAAGUUCCCUAACCUUCGCAUUAGCAAAGAGGAUCUUAUGGAUAGGCUAAUUUCUAAAAUAACUCAGAUUAAAAUGAAAUAGAGAAUCAAUUGCAAUUUAGGAACUACAUUAGCAACCCUCAAGUUAAAUCUACACACAAUACUCCAGGAAACGGAUCAACACCAGUUGGAAGUAGCUCUAAUUUGUAGCCCAUAUCCUCAUAGCCACAAAAUAAUUAGCUGACUUAAAAAGAGCUAAACCAUAAGCUACUUAGUUAAACUACCUACAUAGAAUAACCUAGAUAAAGACCUUUAAGUCAUUCUGAAAUAAUGUAUAAAAGUCCGUCUAACUAACUUCCUGUUGAAUCUUAAUUUGCUAAAUAAUUUAACUCAUCUCAAAACAACUCUCCUCAAAAUCCUUCCUAUCAAUAACAAUAGUAACAAUAUGGUGCAUCAAAUUUCUAAUAAGUUAAUUAACAGUAGCAACAGUAUCUAAGCAAUUAAUCAAGCAAACCUCUUCUCAAUAACGAAAUCUAACAAAUUAUUUCUAAAUACACUACAGGAAAGGAAUAAGCAGGAAUGUAUCCUAAUUAAAUUUCUUAAUAUUCUAGUGUUUAACCUCCUCAUCAAAUGCAUACUCAAAUUGGUGGAAGCGAAAGAAAUAUUUAAUAUAGUGAUGAAUUCAGUUACGAUAAGGCAAAGAAUACAAGCACAAACUACACCUCAUACAGCGGAAAUGGAUCUUUCUAUAAUUAACAGCAGAGCGAUAUAUCUUCAAGUCAUUCAGAAAUGGCUGAUGAAAUGUCAAUCAAUUCUUCUACUUCAGUUUCUUAAUUCAUAUAAGAGCUAAAUGGUAAAAAAAUAAAGAUCGUCAUGAAAAAGCCAACUGUUUAAAAACCAUCUCCAAACGAUCCACAUGAAAUAUAGAAGUAGCAAAUGCAACAAUAAGCUAAACAGCAGCAACAAAACCAAUAAUAAUAAUAAUUGCUAAAUUCUAAUUCAGUAAACAAUAUGAAACAAUCAAGGUAAAUGAAUGAAUAAGACAAAUAAUUAAUUUAAUUGCUUAAAAAAUGA